AUGGAAAAGGAAGUCGGAAAGUUGCACAGUGGUUCCCACUUGUGGGUGCUGAGGGACUACUCCCGUCACAAAGCACGGCUGGACGCCGGCCAGGCCGUCAAAAGCGGUGAAUUCACGGCGGGAGGCCACCGCUGGGAGAUCGUUUUCUACCCCAACGGCUCCUACCCAGAAACCUGGUGGCAAGGCUACGCGUCCUUAUUCUUGUCCCUGAAGAGCUGCGGCCGCGUCCAGUUUUUGCACGGAACUUACUUGUUGGAUGUCGACGGCGGCCAUCAUCGGGGUAUCAGCUUGUUCGAGCCCGGCGCGGGGAUCGGGUGCCUCAGGCCCGGCGAGUUGGCUGGUCGAACCCAAUUCAUCAAACGGUCCGUCCUCGAAUCCCCUGACAAUGGUUACCUGAAGGAGGAUUGUCUGACGAUACGAUGCACGAUUGGGGUCCUCGAUUGCCCCUUUCCAAUAGAUCACCCCUUUGUCAGGAUCCCAAUCCCCAACAAGGGCCGAGAACUAUGCAAAGACCUCAAAGAUAUAUGCUCACAUUUUUAUGAGGAGGUGAUCCGUUGUAAGAAAUCUGCUUGUGCCAACCUAAGAAGGGAACUUUUGGCCAGCUCAAUUUCAUUCUCAUCUGCUUCUAAGGGGAAGCUAUUGGAAAGGGUUAUUUGGCGUUUGGGUGCAACUAAGUUGAAGCACAAGACGAAGGACGAUUAG